UCUGCUAUAUGUUCUUCCCCAUCUAUUUAUCUUUAAAAAAUCCUGAUGAACGACUCAUAUCUGCAGUUUCUUGAAGGGCAGAAACCUGCAAACAACACGUCUUUGCCUCCUAAUGGCAGCACCAUUGAUCCUCUGGCAGGGGCGCUGUGCGAGCAGGUUCAGAUCCAGGCAGAGGUUUUUCUCACCUUGGGUAUUGUGAGUCUUCUGGAAAACAUCCUCGUCAUCUUGGCCGUGGUCAAAAACAGGAACCUUCACUCUCCGAUGUAUUUCUUCCUGUGCAGCCUGGCUGCCGCGGACAUGUUGCAUAGUGACCAUACGCAGAUCGCUGGUGGCCAUCGCUGCGAUCUGGUUGGUGUGUGUGGUUUGUGGGAUCGUCUUCAUAGUGUACUCAGAGAGCAAGUUCGUGAUUGUUUGUCUGAUCACAAUGUUCUUUGCCAUGCUAGUGCUCAUGGCCACUCUCUACGUACACAUGUUUCUUCUCGCCAGACUUCACGUAAAGAGAAUCGCAGCAUUACCCCCAGCGGCCACCAGCAACCCGACCCCACGUCAACGCAGCGGUAUGAAGGGAGCCGUGACCAUCUCCAUCCUCCUCGGCGUGUUUGUGUGCUGCUGGGCACCAUUUUUCCUCCACCUCAUUCUGCUGGUUUCCUGUCCACACCAUCCGCUCUGCCUCUGCUACAUGUCUCACUUCACCAUGUACCUGGUCCUCAUUAUGUGCAACUCUGUGAUUGACCCACUCAUCUA